AUGUACACCAUGUUAAAGCAAUACUUAACUGGUUACAAGUUCAAGUUCUACAAGAGAAAGAAAAUUAAUGUUACAAAACACGAUAGAGAAAAUGAAAACUCAGGAGACGAAAACAAGGAGAAAAUAAAAGGAAGCUUUCAGAACUCACUCUAUAAUUCCCCCAAAAUUCAGUUAAACACUGAAAAUGAGCAGCAAAACCUGGCGAUGGUUAGAGGCAACAAUCAACACAACUCCACCUGCAGAGCAAAGAAGCAACCCGCGGUUCAGGCACUGGAUGAAAUAAAGGAACAACACAGUAUCAUAAAGGAAAUGCAUUGUGGCACUGAAGUCAAGGAUGCUGACAGAACCUUUAGUUCUGGAUCAGGUAGUAAUCAAGAUGGAAGCAAGGAAAUCUGCCUCCAUACCGCUUCGGAAAGUGGUGGAGCUGACGAAAGGAAAAUGAACAAGUUGCAUGGUAAAAGUGAGGUAACUGAACCUGUGAAAAAUGAAGUCCCUAGAGGCUGGUCCCAAAGAGAGCUCCUUGCAGAGUUGGAUAGUGCAGAUGAUCCACAAAUUGGUUGUUAUAUCACUGCACCAUUUAUCACAGCCCAGAAGCUGCUGUGCAAAAUAAUCAAUGGUAGGAGCUCGGUGAUUGUAAGUGAUGAUGAGAACUUGGUGAGCAACGUGAUCAGCAUUAAGUGCACUGAUUCCAGGAUAAAGAUUCCAUUCCCUUUAAAGAUUGCGAUCCCAUUCACUACUCGUUAUCGGGGAAAUUAUCGUGAAAUUAUGGUAAAGGCGUCAGAUACAAAACCACAUUCAAGCUAUUUGAUUCCUCACUCCUUGGAGGGAGUCUACAAUGGGCACAAGAUAUCCUGUGCAGAUGUUAAGAUAUACGCACUUGGCACCUUUUCAGUUAUGUCCUGCUUAAGAAAAGAGACAUUUACCAUCCCUCGGAAAGGUUUAAACUUAAAGCUAAGCAUGGAUUCAAGAAUUACACUGACCUACCCCCAUGGAACAUUCAGUACCUCAGUUGUAGUUCAAUCAAAGGUUCAGCCGAUUGAUUCAACAUUGUUGAAUGUAAUGAAGUCAAGACAAGAUAUAUUUCAUCCUAUCAUCUCCACCAGCCCUCUUGUUCAUAUCAAACAUCCAUCUACUCAGCAGUUUCGGAAAUCAAUUACCAUCACUCUGCCCUGUCCGCCAAGCUUCGAUAAGAAAAGAUUAGGAGAUGAAAUCGACCAUCCUCGAGCAGCCACAGCGGCAGUACAGAGAAGCAGCAGCCAUCAUUUUCGGUCAAUGAGUGCACCUGUAAAAAAACAUGGAGAAGCAACUAAUGACCCUUUAAAACUGUUAGGAUUUAAAUCAAAGGAUGAAGAAUGGAUGGUGAUGGACAAUGUAAGCGUGAAAGAUGUGCAAAAUGGGCUGGUUGCAAUAGAAAUAACUGAACAUGUGGAGAGAUUCAUAAUCCUUCGUUUGUCAUCUUCACUCGAUAGCAGCCAUUUAAUUUCUUUUGUGCACAAACUUGAAGAAGCGAUCCCGUUCACGAUGGUUAACGUUAUUAUCUACCACGAAAGAGACAACUUACACAAUAUAGUGGUGCUGAUGGUUCCUUCCAAAGAUUCACAAUGGGAAUUGGUUAAGCUACGUGAAGAGGGAUUUAGGGGCCCACCAGAGCCUUCGGAAGAGUUUCCAAUGAGAGAGGGCGAGCAGCUUAUUCUCAAGCUUUGUGGCAACAUUAAAUCAUUGGACAGUGACCAAAACACAUCUGAUGGAUAUCAACUAAUAUUCCACUCACAGCGGAAAACCAGACUGGAGCUGGAACUGACUGAAGUGAAUGAAUUUGGUAACUGUUGCUCUCCUCACUACAAGGGGAUGGCAGUGUUUUACAAAGUAACAAAAGCAGAGGUGACCGAGCAAUGGGAUAGAGAACACCAGCCAGUGGAUAACUUGGACCAUAACCCUGUAUGCAAACUAACGUUAACGUUGCCUAAGAGAGAAAAAGUGCUUAGUCGUUCAUCGACAAGUGUGAGCAAAGUUCCACCACCAGAUUUUAAUCAGAUUCACUCCAUUUCUUUCAUGCUUGGAAUGGAAAUGAGAAUACCUAUCGGUAUUUUAGAAGAUACGCCUGAGGAUCUACUUUAUUGGCUGGCUUCAGAAAUCUCUGAAGAAGAUGCCAUGUUACUUGUGGCGUCUCUGCGAAUUCGGCGCAGCGCCAUCCAGCUUGUCAGGAUCACCAAUCCUGAUGACUUAACAGACCAGAUUUACAAACUUCUCAGCAUGUGGAAAAAUAAUCUGCCUGCUUCAGUAGAUAAAAUACAAAUUCUUUCCCGGCAUUUGAAGAAAUGCGGAAGGGAGGUCUUAGCCGACGAGUUAAGGUUAAAAAAUGGUCCAGGAAUCGCAGUGAAAACAUUUAUCAAUUAAGUUUUCUUCCUGCAUCUUCCAGUAUGGACCCUCAACAG